AUGCAAGUUUGGCACCUCUCCAGAUUGUUCCACAUCCCAUAUUUCAACAGAUCGCCGCUAAAGUUACAGGCAGCGCCAGAGCAGCAGCUGCUUAUCAGAGACCGGAUAAAUAAAGAAGGCUACGUCGAGGUGCAGCUAGAGGAACGCACUGAUAAUAUCAAUGUGAAGGCGCUACGCUCCACUAAAAAAUUGGGGUCUCCGAAUGCAGUCCCUGAUGGCAGCUACGAGGAGAGGGCAGAUGAAGUCGAUGUAUCGAUCUCCGAGUUUAUCACCUUCCGGAACCAGCUUCAAGAGUCCAACAAGCGCUCGGGACCGUACUCCAGUGCUAACAUUCGGGUUCGGAGGGCACAGCGCAGGUCUAACAGAAUGCAGGAUCCAUCGCAGAGGAUCCAGGUUGUCGGUUCUGGGAAAUGGCAAAGCCGCCGCACUGAGUCACUGGUAAACAUGGCAGAAAUUGAUCUGGCAGAGCCUCAAGAUGAUGACCAAUACAACGACAAAGAUAAUCGUCGUUCAAAGUAUGUGGUGAGACAUGGCUGGGGCCUAAAAAAGGGUACAGGAACAGCGAAGUGUUGA